AUGCCGAAGAACAAGGGAAAGGGUGGUAAGAACAGGCGUCGAGGCAAGAACGAGAACGACAACGAGAAGCGCGAACUCACCUUCAAGGAGGAAGGCCAAGAAUACGCCCAAGUCAUCAAAAUGCUCGGCAACGGCCGCCUGGAAGCCAUGUGCUUCGACGGCUCCAAACGCCUGGCCCACAUCCGCGGGAAGCUGCGAAAGAAGGUCUGGAUCAACCAGGGCGACAUCAUCCUCCUCUCGCUGCGCGACUACCAGGACGAGAAGGGCGAUGUGAUCUUGAAGUACUCGGCGGACGAGGCGAGAAGUCUGAAGGCGUAUGGCGAGUUGCCUGAGAGUGCGAAGAUCAACGAGACGGAUACGUAUGGUGGAGACGAGGAGGGUGGUAUGGGCUUCGACUUUGGGGAGGACGAGAGCGACAGUGGUGGGGACAUUGAUGUGGACGAGAUCUAA